ACUUCAGUGGUGGAGCUAUAACGCUCAGCGUCUUCUUCUUCUUGACGUAAUCAGAGUUAAACUCGAUCCGAUUCACUGAGCCGAACUCGGAUGAGUAGAUUUUUGCUUGGUGGAUUCGCUACUAGUAGCCAUUUUUGAUGACCAAUUGCUCCACAUUGGACUGAAUUCGAGUGUUGAAGAUGGCUACUUCCCAGCGAGAAUGCCCGGAGCUCCGGUGAGGAACUCGGCGAUCAACACUCGGCGGUGGAGAUGUUUAAGUCGGCGAGAUGGCGGAGCGAGAAGAACAAGAUCAAAAUCGUUUUCAAGCUGCAGUUUCAUGCGACUCAGGUGACUCAGUUGAAAGCGGAGGGAUUAAUGAUCUCUCUUGUUCCUGGAGAUGUUGGGAAGUCGACGGGAAAGACAGAGAAGGCGAUGGUUCUCGACGGACAUUGCCGGUGGGAAUCUCCGGUGUACGAGACGGUGAAGUUUCUUCAGGAUAUGAAGAAUGGGAAAGUUAACCAAAGAAUCUAUCAUUUUAUUGUGUCAACUACGGGAUCUUCAAAGUCUGGUCUGGUGGGAGAGACUUCGAUUGACUUUGCUGAUUAUGUUGAUGCGAUUAAGACUUGCAACGUUUCUCUUCCUCUGCAGAAUUCAAAUUCGAAAGCAAUGUUGCACGUAUCAAUACAGAGGCAGCUUGAAAAUGUGGAUCUGCAAAGAGUGGUGAAAGAAAGCGAUAGUUUGGUGAAAAGGUCACGGAGCCAAGAUUUGAAGUCCCAUUUGAGCAUUGACGCAGACGAAAGCCAUAAAAGUGAUUCACAAGAGGAAAGUCCAUUUGGUAAAGCAUCUCGGAUUGCUGAGUUGAGGCGUCGAGCAUCGAUUGAAUCCGACAGUACACUGUCAAGCUUCGACAGUGUCUCUGAACUGGAUACACUGGGAGAAGUUGGAAGCAGAGGAGAUCUCAUUCAGCAAAACCACCAAAGUAUGAAUCACCAUUCGGUUACCAAUGUAUAUGAAGAGCCUCAAAUAUCAGAAUCCGAGUGGUCAGGAAGUUCCGAUCAAGGAAUCAGCACCGAUGACUCCAUGAAUAGCUCAAAUGAGACCGUCCCUAGGGACACUUCGAGAGAAGACGAGGUAGAGAAGCUUAAAGCCGAGCUCGUUGCUUUGGCAAGGCGAACAGAUUUCUCGGAGUUAGAGCUACAGAGCUUGCGUAAACAAAUUGUUAAAGAGACCAAAAGAAGCCAGGAUCUCCUGAAGGAAGUAACCAGCCUUAAGCAGGAGAGAGAUUCGCUGAAGGUAGAUUGUGAGAGUAUUAAAGCAUUGGACAAGCGAAAAGAGGACGCGAAACUUAGGAACAAGUUGCAGUGUGAAGGAAGCGAUCCGCAAGUUCUUUUAGAAGAAACCCGAGAAGAACUGGAUUAUGAAAAGGAUCUGAAUUCCAAUCUACGGUUACAGCUCGAGAAGACACAAGAAUCAAACACCGAGUUGAUUCUUGCUGUGCAAGAUCUAGAAGCAAUGGUGGGGCAAAGACGUAAAAGGACAGUCGAUCUUCCUAGACCAAGACCCUGCGAGAACAACACUCAAGAAUCGAGGAGAAGGUCAAGCACAAGUGAGACAGAUGAAGACGAGGAUCAAAAGGCACUGGAUGAGCUUGUGAAGGGACACAUGGAUGCAAAAGAAGCACACGUCCUUGAGCGGAGGAUCACUGAUCUCUACAAUGAGAUAGAGAUCCAUAAACGAGACAAAGAUGACCUUGAGAUACAGGUGGAGCAGCUUGCUCUUGAUUACGAGAUACUUAAGCAGGAAAAUCAUGAUAUCUCAUACAAGCUCGAGCAAAGCCAGGUGCAAGAACAGUUGAAGUUGCAAUACGAAUGUUCAUCUUCUCUUGUAAACGUGAACGAGCUUGAAAAUCAAGUAGAGAGCCUAGAAGCUAAGCUCAAGAAGCAGUCCGAGGAUUUCUCUGAGUCCUUGCGCCGCAUUAAAGAACUUGAAACGCAGAUCGAGGGUAUGGAAGAAGAACUAGAGAAACAAGCUCACAUCUUUGAGGCAGAUAUUGAAGCUGUCACGCGUGCUAAAGUGGAGCAAGAGCAAAGAGCUAUCGAAGCCGAAGAAGCUCUGAGGAAGUCGAGGUGGAAAAACGCUAGUGUAGCCGGGAAAAUCCAGGAUGACUUCAAGAGAAUCUCUGAGCAGAUGUCUUCUACGUUUUCAGCAAAUGAGAAGAUGGCUAAGAAGGCAAUGGCAGAAACCCGUGACCUGCGCAUGCAGAAGCGUCAAAUAGAAGAACUUCUCAUGAGCGCUAACGAUGAACUCCAAGCAAAUAGGGUAGAGUAUGAGGCAAGGCUCAACGAGCUCUCGGAAAAGACGGAUCUAAAAACUAAGGAGAUGGACAGAAUAUUAGAGGGUCUUGUGGAGAAAUCCAAGCAUCUAGAGACUCAGAAGAAGCAAGAAGAAGAUGUUAAUGCAGAAUUAACUCAAGAGAUCACAAGGCUGAAGGAUGAGAUGGAGAUCUUGAGACUUGAAUUGGAAGAAACGAGAAGAUCGAGAAUUGAAGUCGAGGCAGAGAAAGAUGGGCUAUCAAGCACGAUUGCAUCGAUGAAGAAAGAAUCAGACUCUUUGGCAGAGGAGUUGCAGGAAAUGCAGCGUAUCAAAGAUGAAAACGAAGCAGUCAUUAGCCUUUUAGAAUCAGAACUAGAAACUGCUAGAGCGCAAUGUAAUGCUCUAAAGCAUUCUUUAUCCAAGAAUGAAUCAGAGAUCGAGAAACACAGAUGUGAGCUGAAGAAGAAAGAAGAAGGAAUGGCUAACGACGUAACAAAACUGGAGCAAAGAAGCAACGAAGAAAGAACAAGACUCCUCGAGGAACAAAUCAAACUAAAGGAAAUUGCUUUGGAGGCCUCAUCUAAGAUGUUCAUCGAAAAGGAAAAUGAUUUGAAGAAUAGAAUCGAAGAGUUGCAGACUAAACUCAACAAACUAAGUCCAAAUAGCCAAGAGAACGGUGAAUCUCUGCACCGUUUAGAUUUGCAGAACAGACAAGUAUUGUCAUCGAACAAGAGUGAUGAUCUUCAAGAUUUGGCAAGUGAAGUAGCGACGCUAAGAGAGCAAAAUGGAUUGAUGGAGAUAGAAUUGAAAGAGAUGCAAGAAAGAUAUUUAGAGAUAAGUCUAAGAUUUGCAGAAGUUGAAGGUGAGAGACAACAACUGGUCAUGACCGUACGCAAUCUUAAAAAUGCCAAGAAGAGUUAAAAAAACCAUCCCUAUUAUAUAUUACAAGAUUGUACAAAUUUCUCUCCUUUUCAAUAUAUAUAAACUACUUUCUUUUUGGUAAGAUAUAUAUACCUGUUGCUUUUUCUAUAUACUGUAAUGUUUUUUUUUUUCCGAGAGAAAGAAAG